GUAGCAUUACGUUGACCGUACACAAACAACUUUUUCUUCUCUAUCUCUUGUUAACAACAGUUCCAAAAAAAAUCUUAGAAUCUCUGCGCCUCAUUUUCUCUUUCACACUAACAAUCUCUUCGGAUUCCAUUUUUUUCUAACUUAUUUCCACAUACACAACACACUUCAUAAACUCUACCACACUUUUACACUCUGAUUUUUCUUUAUUUCUGUUAUUCUUCUUUCAAGCAUUUCAUCAAACAGAAAACGCUCCUACUAGGCUUGCUACCCUUUCUUAAAAUGGCUGAUACUCAGCGGCGAUGAUGAAGAUCUCCGGCGAAUCUCACCGACAGCUACCGCAUUUCACGGCGAGCAUUGCUCCCAGCUACUCUCCCGAUUCAGAUCUUCGACCUUAUUGGAAAACCUCACGUAAGAAGUUUAAGACGCCGGGGAAUCGUGUGAGGGGAAGCGGUUCGUCGACGGGGAGACGGAGCAGGCCUGAAUCUCCUUCGUUGAAGUUGAAGAUCCCUAAUGGUGGUGUCGGUGGUGGCGGUGAUCCAGUGGAGGAGGUUUGUCGGAAAAGGGAGAAGAUGCAGGGGGCUGUGUCGGCGAGGAAGCUUGCUGCUGGACUUUGGCGGAUGCAGCUGCCGGAGGUGGAGGCGACCGGUGAUUGUGGAACUCGAGGUGGUUUGAGACUUCAGCAGAAUGGAAUUGGCUAUGCAGACCACCCAUAUCUUAGUAAUCAAAAUGGUGUUAUGCAUGGAUCUGGCAUGAAGAAUCCAUCACAAAGGCGCCGUUCCAUUCCUGAGACAAAAGAUGGACAUUUUUGUGAGCUUGACCCUUCUUUCCAGUUUUCUUCAACUGCUAUGGAAGGAAUGACAAAGUGGGAUCCUGUUAGUUCGAAAACAUCAGAUGAGGGGCAUCAUAUUUACAGCCAGAUGAAACUUUUAGACCAAAAGGAUAGCACUGUUUCUGCACUGGAAGCAGAAUUAGAGCAGGCACAUGUGCGGAUUCAGGAGCUUGAGACUGAGCGCCAUUCCUCCAAAAAGAAACUUGAGCAUUUCUUAAAGAAAGUCAGUGAGGAAAGGACCUCAUGGAGAAGCAAAGAGCAUGAGAAAAUCUGUGCAUAUGUUGAUGACAUUAAAUCAGAUUUGAACCGAGAAAGGAAAAGUCGCCAAAGGAUUGAAAUUGUCAAUUCCAGGCUGGUUAAUGAGUUGGCUGAUGCUAAGUUGUUAGCAAAACGUUGCAUGCAGGACUAUGAGAAACAAAGGAAGGCCAGAGAAUUGAUUGAGGAAGUUUGUGAUGAGCUUGCUAAGGAAAUUGGAGAAGACAAGGCUGAAGUUGAAGCAUUAAAGAGGGAAUCUAUGACAAUUAGGGAAGAAAUGGAGGAGGAGAGAAGGAUGUUACAGAUGGCUGAAGUGUGGCGCGAAGAACGUGUUCAUAUGAAAUUGAUAGAUGCAAAAGUUGCUCUUGACGAAAAGUAUUCACAGAUGAAUGAACUUGUAGCAUAUCUUGAAACCUUUCUCAAGUCAGUAAAUAUAAACUCAAAUGCUAAGGAGAUCAGAGAGGCACAAUCACUUCAACAGGCUACAGCUGCUGUGAACAUCCAAGACAUCAAGGGAUUUUCCUAUGAGCCAUCCAAUCCAGACGAUAUAUUUGCCAUUUUCGAAGAUGUAAAUUCUGGUGAACCCAACGAGAGAGACACCGAGUCAUGCAUUGCUUACUCACCGGUGAGUCAUGCUUCAAAGAUUCACACGGUUAGUCCUGAAGCCAACUUGCUAAGUAAGAAUGGUCUUCAGAGACGUUCUGACAUAUAUAUUGAUAACAACUGUGAUAUAGAAGAAGAUGAAAGUGGAUGGGAAACGGCGAGCCAUGUUGAAGAUCAAGGAUCAAGUUGUUCACCCGAAGGGAGUGCCCCUUCGGUGACUAAGAAAGGUCGAAAGAGCAAUGCCUCAGGGAUAAGUGUGAUAGAAUGGGAAGGAAAUGCAGGUGAGGAGACCCCGUUAACUGAAAUAAGUGAAGUCUGUUCAGUACCAACUAAACCAUCUAAGAGAAUAUCAUCCAUAGCAAGGCUUUGGAGGUCAGGACUGACAAAUGAGGACAAUUUCAAGAUUAUCUCUAUGGAGGGAAUGAACGGGAGGCUUUCAAAUGGAAAGGUAUCUAAUGGGGGAGUCAUGUCUCCCGAAUGGGGACUUGAUAAAAGUGGACUGAGCCCCCAAGACAUUAUAUGCCAAUUAAGUUCUCCUGAGUCGGGAAGCGUGCAUAAUCGAGGCAUGAAAGGCUGCAUUCCGCGUACUGGACCAAAGGGUAGUUUGAAGUCAAGACUAAUGGAAGCUAGGGUGGAAAGCAACAAGGUUCAGCUGCGCCAUGUUCUGAAACAGAAGAUUUAGAUGUGAGCUUAGCCAUGUUCUGAAGAAUGACACACAUGAAGCAUUUUGUUUUGGAUUGUGGAAGUAUAAAUCUGCUGCUUUAUAGAAAAAUUGCUCAGAAAUGAUGGGUGGUCAUAUAUAAAUUCAACUUUCCUGCCUCAGAGGUUAACCAUGUUUUAAUUCUUCAUUUCACUCAUUAAACAGAUAGUAUUUUCCUCCCACUAAGCCAAUGCCUCAAUAAUCUCUUAGAAAUAGCCAGUUUUGUAAUAUGCUUCAUUUUGUGUAGGGAUCUUAUGAAAAUCAUGAGAAGCAUGUUGCUUUUGUUGUAUCAUAAAGUCUGAGAACAAAUUUGCAGGGAAACUAGAUCAGCAUAAAGUAUAAAUGAUAGUAGCAUUUUCAUUUUCACAA